AUGCAAGCACCGUCUCAAGAAGGACCGCAGCGGAGUAGGAUACAGGAGCAUGCUCCCUUCCAUCAGCCACAGGGGAUCUAUUCUGCCCUGCCCUCUCUACCGCCGUCAAAACAUUCGUACGGAGAGACGGCCUUUGAGGCGCGUCAAGAGCGGCAGGAGUGUGCAUGGCGCCACCAGGACGGGUACUCUGCCCUGCCCUCUCUACCGCCUCCGCAUUCAUAUGGGGAGACGGCUUUUGAGGCGCCUCUUGAGCAGCAGGAGUAUGCUUCAGUGGCGACAAGUUCUGAGGGGUCUGCAGCAGGCCCGCAGGGGUGUGCUUGGCAGAGGCAGCAAGAAGGGUACGCUUCCCUGCCGCUGCACUCUCAACCGGACUUCGAGCGUUCCUAUGGGGAGACUGAGACGGCCUUUGAGGGGUCUCAGCAGCAGCAGGAGCAUUCUUCGUGGCAGCAGCAAGGGGGGUACUCUGCCCUGUCCACGCACUCUCAACCGGACUUUGAGCGUUCCUAUGGGAAGACGGAGACGGCUUUUGAGGCGCCUAGAGAGCAGCAGCAGCGUGCUUCAGGGGGGACGAGUUUUGACGCUGUGGAGAGCGCUGAUGGCGGUGGCGCUCCAAUGGCAGCGCGCCACGUGGCGGAGCUGUCGCCGUCCCUGCACAGGCACCCCGAGGGAUGGGAUGCGGCGCUGAUGCGAAGCCUAGAGGCGGAUCCUCUAGGGGUGCAUGGUGGGGGGAUGAUCAGUGCAGGGGUGGAUGGGGGAGGGAUGAAUGGCGCAUGGGUGAACUGUGCAGGGUUGAAUGGAGCAGGGAUGCAUGGUGGAGGGGUUGGCGGUGGCGGAAUGAAUGGUGGUUGCAUGCAAGGUGCAUCGCCCCCCCACACCUCUUCUGCAGAGCUCCUUUCGUGUGCGUCCACCUCCUGUCUCCUCCACCUCCGCAGCCUCUCCCCCACUCCCACUCCCACCCACCCAUCCCAUCCCGGCCUUUCCUUAUCACAUCCGCCCGUGGUUCCCGCUCUCUCCCUCACCACCACCACUGCGCCAGCGCCAGCGCCGCUAACUCCCCCUCUGCCCUGCUGCCUCGCUGCCGCAUGCCCAACUCACACCCCCUCUCAUUCCGCCCGCUCCUAUUCCGCCCGCUCUCAUUCCGCCCCUCCAGUUGCACCGCCCCACCAUGCGUCGCACAAUGCCUGUCAGUGCAGCAGCACGCACCAUCCAUGUCCGCAUCCUUGCCAGUCCCACGCCCUUCAAUCCCAUACCUGUCAUUCCCAUACCCUUCAACCCCACACCUUGCAACCCCACACAUGUCACGCCCAUUCCUGUCAAUCCCGUGCCUACCAAUCCCAUUCCUGUGUCGCCCAUCCCUGUGUUGAGACAUCUCAACAGUCUCAUCAAGGCAACCAUAGUGUGAGCCCAUGUCACUCACUUCCCUGCCCUAAAUUCCUUUGCCCUUGCCCUGAAUCCUUUCGCCCUUGUCCUGGUUCCCCUCGUCCCACUUUUGAGGCACCUCAAAGGCCUGGCUCCCCUCGUCCUGUCCACAAGCUGUCUCCUGCCGCUUACCCUACUCCCUCUCACGUCUCCUCUUCUCGAGCCUCUUUUUCCUCCUCUCCUCGCCCUCCCCUCUCCUCACCCCUCCUGCCCGUCCCCUCUCCUGCUGUUUCCUCUGCACCGGGCUCGCAGCAGCCUUCCUCUCGUUACAGUCACACCAGCUCUGCCGCUGACAACCAUAGACAUUCCAAUAAUCGACAUGACGAUUUGCAUCGCUGUUGCCAGCAUUGCACUCACUGCACAUGCUGUCAGCACCAGCGGCACCAGCAGCAGCAGCAGCAGCAUCAGCAGCAGCAGGGACUAUCCCAGCCGCCCUCCUCCUCCUCCUCCUCCUCCUCCUCCUCCUCCUCCUCCUCCUCCUCCUCCUCCUCCUCCUCCUCCUCCUCCUCCUCCUCCUCCUCCUCCUCCUCCUUCUCGUCCUCCUCAUCCAUCUCACUCCCCAGUGUGGCCUAUCGUGCCAUCAGCCCUGCGGACAUGGCAGAUCUCAAGGCCCUCCAUGAAGCCACCUUCCCCAUCGCGUACGAGUCAGAGUUCUAUUCCAACGUGGUGCACCAUCGGGGCAUCAUCUCGUGGGGUGCGGUGGACCUAAACUCACCUCCCCAUAUGCUCUCCUUGGCGCCCCCAUCUCCCCUUCCCCCCUCUUCCAUCAGGUACGAGUCGGAGUUCUACUCCAACGUGGUGCACCACCGGGGCAUCAUCUCGUGGGGUGCGGUGGACCCUUGCCAGCCGGACCGGCUGGUGGGCUUCAUCACUGCGCGCCUCGUGCCGCCUGCCGAGGCGCAGGUGCGUGCAGGGCGCAUGGCGUAUCAGGGUUACGGAUCCGGGUUCAUCACUGCGCGCCUCGUGCCGCCUGCAGAGGCGCAGGUGCAGUGUGGCACGGGGGGGAUGGAGAAAAAGGGGGAGAGAGAGGAGGGGGGGGUGGGGAUGGUGCAUGGGGUGCAUGUGUCGGCCAUAAUCUCAUGGGGCGCAGUGGGCCCCUGCAAGCCUGACCGGGGUGGGGUUCAUCACUGCAUGCCUGGUUCCGCCUGGAAAGGCAAAGGUGCAGUGUGGAAAGAAGGGGGGGGGAGUGCAGCAUGGGGGUCUGCAGCAUGGGGGAGUGCAGCAUGGGGGUCUGCAGCAUGGGGGUGUGCAGCAUGGGGGAGUGCAGCAUGGGGGUGUGCAGCAUGGGGGAGUGCUGCAUGGGGGUGUGCAGCAUGGGGGUGUGCAGCAUGGGGGAGUGCAGCCUACUCUGGCGCGGACGUGCUUCCUCUGACUCCUCCAUCGCCCCUCCACACUCCAUCACCCUCGCUCCUCUACAUUCUCACGCUCGGUGUUUCCAAGCGCUACCGCAAGGCUGGCGUGGCAUCACACCUGGUGCAUCUCCUACUCUCCCAUGCCUCCUCCCCUUCCCUCUCAGCAGCCUGUUUGUCACCCCCUCCCUUCCCUCCCACCAACUGCCCCUCUUCUUCCCGCCCCCCUUCCCCCACAGCAUCACACCUGGUGCAUCUCCUUCUCUCCCAUGCCUCCUCCCUCCCGCACUGUGCGGCCGUCUACCUGCACGUGGUCGCAUACAACGCAGCAGCCAUCCGCUUCUAUCGCUCGCUGCGCUUCUGCUACCUCCUGCUCUCCCACGCCUCCUCACUCUCUCACUCUCUCCCCCUUCUACUUCAAACGCUUUUGUCACGCCUCCCCUUUCCUCCUCUCCUCUCCCCUCCACCGUCUGCCCCUCCUCUCCCUGUCCCCACAGCAUCCUACCUGGUGCAUCUGCUGCUCUCCCACGCCGCCUCCCUCCCCCACUGUGCGGCCGUCUACCUGCAUGUAGUCGCAUACAACGCUGCAGCCAUCCGCUUCUAUCGCUCGCUGCGCUUCUGCUUCCGCCGCCGCCUCUCACGCUUCUACUAUCUCGAAGGGGGCGAGUACGAUGCGCUGCUCUUUGCGCGUUACGUCAACGGCUGGUCACCGCCCGACUCCAGGUGCAGCUCUCUGGGUUAUGCUGGGUGGGUGGGUGGGUGGGUGGGUCCCAGUUGCAAGGGCCUACUCUACAGCUACUGCAGCCUGCAUUCACAGCAGCUUCUGCUGCAGUGUCUGCCGCCAUGUCCCUAG